CCUUUAAAGUGCGGUUCAGCCCUUUCCUCCAGGGCUAGUUUGUAAACACGGCUGUGUUCGGGGCUCCCAGGCAACCAGAAGGAUCAUGAACUAGUGACCUGGAAAGAGAUACUAGAUGGAAACUUGAGAAGCACUGCCUACUUGAUAAGAGCUGAGGCAUUCCUGGCAGCAGAGUGAUUAAAGCUCAUGGCCCACCAGCUAGAAAGUAUCCUUGCCAUGAGGAAAAGGAUGUGAUAAGUUGGCCAACUUAUGAAAUUCAAGUUACAUGUGAAUUCUGCCAGGCAAUACAAGGACCUGUGGAAUAUGAGUGAUGACAAACCCUUUCUGUGCACUGCGCCUGGAUGUGGCCAGCGUUUUACCAACGAGGAUCAUUUGGCUGUCCAUAAACAUAAACAUGAGAUGACACUGAAAUUUGGUCCAGCACGUAAUGACAGUGUCAUUGUGGCUGAUCAGACCCCAACACCAACAAGAUUCUUGAAAAACUGUGAAGAAGUGGGUUUGUUUAAUGAGUUGGCAAGUCCAUUUGAGAAUGAAUUCAAGAAAGCUUCAGAAGACGACAUUAAAAAAAUGCCUCUAGAUUUAUCCCCUCUUGCAACACCCAUCAUAAGAAGCAAAAUUGAGGAGCCUUCUGUUGUUGAAACAACUCACCAGGAUAGUCCUUUACCUCACCCAGAGUCUACUACCAGUGAUGAAAAGGAAGUACCGUUGGCACAAACUGCACAGCCCACAUCAGCUAUUGUUCGUCCAGCUUCAUUACAGGUUCCUAACGUGCUGCUUACAAGUUCUGACUCAAGUGUAAUUAUUCAACAGGCAGUACCUUCACCAACCUCAAGUACUGUAAUCACCCAGGCACCAUCCUCCAACAGGCCAAUUGUCCCUGUACCAGGCCCAUUUCCUCUUCUGUUACAUCUUCCUAAUGGACAAACCAUGCCUGUUGCUAUUCCUGCAUCAAUUACAAGUUCUAAUGUGCAUGUUCCAGCUGCAGUCCCACUUGUUCGACCAGUCACCAUGGUGCCUAGUGUUCCAGGAAUCCCAGGUCCUUCCUCCCCUCAACCAGUACAGUCAGAAGCAAAAAUGAGAUUAAAAGCUGCUUUGACCCAGCAACAUCCUCCAGUUACCAAUGGUGAUACUGUCAAAGGUCAUGGUAGUGGAUUGGUUAGGACUCAGUCAGAGGAAUCUCGACCACAGUCAUCUCAACAGCCAGCCACAUCUACUACAGAAACUCCGGCUUCUCCAGCUCACACAACUCCCCAGACCCAAAAUACAAGUGGUCGUCGAAGAAGAGCAGCUAAUGAAGAUCCUGAUGAAAAAAGGAGAAAGUUUUUAGAGCGAAAUAGAGCAGCAGCUUCAAGAUGCCGACAAAAAAGGAAAGUUUGGGUUCAGUCUUUAGAGAAAAAAGCAGAAGACUUGAGUUCACUAAAUGGUCAACUGCAGAGUGAAGUCACCCUGCUGAGAAAUGAAGUGGCACAGCUGAAACAGCUUCUUCUGGCUCAUAAAGAUUGCCCUGUAACCGCCAUGCAGAAGAAAUCUGGCUAUCAUACUGCUGAUAAAGAUGAUAGUUCGGAAGACAUUUCCGUGCCGAGCAGUCCACAUACAGAAGCUAUACAGCAUAGUUCUGUCAGCACAUCCAAUGGAGUCAGUUCAACCACCAAGGCAGAAGCUGUAGCCACUUCAGUCCUCACCCAGAUGGCGGACCAGAGUACAGAGCCUGCGCUUUCACAGAUUGUCAUGGCUCCUUCCUCCCAGGCACAGCCCUCAGGAAGUUGAUUAAAAACCUGCAGUACAACAGUUUUAGAUACUCAUUAGUGACUUCAAAGGGAAAUCAAGGAAAGACCAGUUUCCAUUUAUGAGAAAUCUGUGGUUGUAAAUUUUUUUUUUUACUUGAAAUUAAACUUGGCUCUAAAGUUGGUGUGGCAGCAGUUGAUGAUCAGACUGAACAACAGUUUUUAGUCUCUGGAAAAAGACUGAUUUUGCUUUUUUUAUAAAUAUUGUUGGAUUUAUUAAUUUUUCUGUGCUUAAUGUGUAAAUUGUAUUAUAAUUCAUUGUGAUUUAUUUCACUUUUAAUUUGGUGGUGUUUUAAUAAAUGGGGGUGAUACUGAAUCUCUCUUCCCACUUCCAUUUCUUUUGACCACCCCUUAACCCUCAACUGUGAUGGUAGUAUUGUUAUC